AUGACUCAGAACUGCAGAGCGCUGAAGCGACACUUGGAAGACUUAGUAGCAGUUGGACACCUCCGGGAUUACAUUGAUCAGGAUAAAGCAGUGACCAAGUCGGGGAACCCACCACCAGAACCGAAUACUGAGCACCCACCUCGGCUAAUAAUAAAUGUGAUCCAUGGAACAGCGACCCAGGAAUCUGAAGAGACACUGAAAGAAGAGAUUGCUAAGGCUGUGCAAAUUCAGCAGGUUAUAUCAGUAGAGCCUGCAUCGAAAAAGGUACACACGGUACCCAAAUCUCCCUUGUGCACUGUUUCAUUUAUUAGAAAGGAUUUAGAAGGCAUACAACACCCACAUACUGAUGCACUGAUUAUAACUGUGGGAAUUGGGAAACGGUUUGACGUAAAACGAGUCCUGGUAGAUCAAGGCAGUGCAACAGAGAUAUUGUAUUAUGACUUGUUCAGAAAGCUUGGUCUCUCCGAGCAGCACCUCACCCCAGCGAUAGCUCCGUUAGUUGGCUUCAAUUCACAGCCAGAAUGGCCCCUUGGUAGAAUAGUGUUGCCAGUUGUGGUAGGAACAAAAACCCUCCAGAUAGAGUUUCUAGUUAUUAAUACACCAUCCCCUUAA